UAAGUAAGGGACAUGUUUUGCAGAGGGUGCCGCAAUCUAUGGAGCGUUUCUUCUGUCCAACGUUCUAUUAGACGACUACCACCUCCACCAGUAACAAAGUGCAGGUCUAUCUCGUGCCUUCCAGCGGUCUGGAGCGAACCGCGGACGUCGACGGGUGAAGGAGACAAAGUACUGAAUCUCGACACUGUUCCCAGCUGGUCAGUGGACCCGCGGACUCAGGAGUGGAGACCUGGCAGCAACUGGAACUACGACAAGGAGCUCUUCGCACUAGCCCGUCGACUGGGGCACGACCUGGCAGACCUGCCUCGACUGCAAACGGCUCUCACUCACCGCUCGGCGCUUACCCGUCAACCAGCACAGGGGGAAGAGGGGCAGGGUGCGCCAGAUGUCCCCCCGGAGCACAACAGCAGGCUCUCCUUCCUGGGGAAAACCCUGGUCCAAUACUUCGUCACAGAGCACCUUCUAAAAGUGUACCCAAAGAUGGAGGCCGACAGCCUUGGAGACAUCGCAAAGUUUCUUUUGAACGACCCAGCAUUGGCCAAAUGUACAGAUCAUCUCGGUAUAACUGACCUGAUCGUCUCGCAAAAGAGACUAGACGACCCAAGCAAGCAGAAGAUAAUCGUGCGUGCUCUUCUGGCGACUGUGGCCUGCCUUCAUCUCGACAAAGGGCCGAGUGCAGCCAGGAAAUUUGUAACUGAAUUCAUCACCUCCAAAAUGGCAGGGGUUGACCUCCAUGAGGUGAUAAAGCUCCAGCACCCGCGGCACAUUUUGCGGAGCAUACUGUCAAGUCUUGGCAUGCCGAGGGCAGAGUCUCGACUUCUGAAAGAAACCGGACGAGCCACGCAUUUUCCUACGUUUGUGGUGGGUGUCUAUUCCGGGGAGAGGUUGCUGGGGGAGGGGUGUGGUACGUCGCUGAAGAGGGCAGAGAGAGAAGCGAUAGUGGCGGCACUUCAUAAACAUUUUGCCACCCAGCUGGCCGCAGUCUCUGUCCCUUUGAAGGACUAUGAUCGAGAGGGGGAUAUUGAUUUCUUUCAACCUAGCAGCAACGAAGAUGAUAAAGCAGAGGACUAGUCUGUAGAUUUAUGUAUUACAUCAGUGUAUGUUACAGUAUUGUGGUCGUCAUGUUUACAUGCAUACAUUCCACGAUCCGUUGGGGUCAAAGGUUGACCACAUGCAAAAGCAUGCAUAUGGAACGCGAGCAUCAAAGAGAGAGAUGACCGAAGGAGGAAGAGAGAGAAUGGCCCUGCCGUAUCUCGACAGCGAAGGCUGGGAGGAGAUGCAACAGUUCUGCCGUCUAUUCCUAAGCGUGGAGUCCCUGAACACGUUCGGGGAGCUCAUUGCCUCGAAUACUCGCGAGGACUCGGUGUUUCGAGCGAAGUUCGAGCGGCUGUCUGGCCUGGCCGUGUUUCUGAAGCGGUACUGCAGUGACGAAGAAAGGCAUGCGUUCUUCGGUAGCACACUGAAGUUUAUCGCCUCUUCUGCCAGCUCCUGAGGGAACGCUUACCUAAAACUGGAAUUCCGCGUCUGCAAGCACAAGAGAAUGCUUGUGUUGGUCUUGGAAGACGUCUAGUUGUGUCUCUUCUCGCCAGCGCCUUUCUCUGUGGACUGCCUGAGCCCCGAGAACAGCGAAAUGGAGGAGAUCAACAGAAAGAUUUUCCAUUCUCAUUUGCCAAUUUCUACCAUCAACUUUGUACUGAAACUGACAAAUCAGGGUCCACGGCAGCCUAUCUGCACUGCUGUCUGGCCUACUUCAGUUCUCUGGACAAGUGGAGGACGUCCCUGGAUAAGACCAUUACCUUCCGACGACAGGGUCUUCCAUUGGGUGAGGUGCCGUCUCUCAGAGUAUGGCAGGCUUGCCAGCUCCCUCUGUGUGCUGUCAGCAUUGAAAACUAUGGGGACCCUGGGAAUCUGCUGGCUGACAUACCCACCUCCCAUCUGUCGGUGGAGGGACUCUACCUGGGCGUGGUGAAACCGGUAGCAGCGAAAAGAGGGACUGGAGAAUGGACAACUUUGCCAAUUAUUUAUCUGGGUCCAUCCUCUCGAGUGUUCUAUCAAAGAAACCUUGCCAAACGGUUUCUGAAGCCAAAGACACCGAUACGGAACCUUGCAAUUUACAACUCACAGAGGAAGUCACUGCACAACUGGUGACCACUCGUACCGCCGAUAUACUGUCCCGUAGCAUAAUAGCGGACGUCCUAUCGGCGGAUCGGACAGUCCCAAGUCCGCCUCUCCCUACCUCACCUCAAACCGUUGGCCACCGACAAGCCCAGCUAUCGAGUGGCGGGUCCAUUCGUACGCCGACAAAAUGGCCGACAACGUCCUCUCCAGCAUUUUCUCAGGCCCUGAGGCUCCUCAGGCUGUUGUGAAAAAGGCGAUUGAAAGUGGACAGAGCUCGCAGUCAUCCAGUGUCACUGGACAGACUAUAACGCUUCACGAGUUCACCGACGAUCUUGUUGAAGGCGUCAUGAGAGAAGGGUUACUGAUUGCUCGUCUUCAAGCGCGGGCUACAGGGAGGGA